AUUAUAUUAAAAAACUUUUAGGUGUUGGCAUUGUAGGAAAAGAAGGAAAACAAGCUUCUUUAGCAGCUGAUGUUUCAAUAACUCAAUUUAGCUAUUUAGCAAAAUUAUUACGUGAUGGUGGUAAUGAUGUUAGCAUGAUCGAAGCAGCUGACCUUGGUGUUGGCAUUGUAGGAAAAGAAGGAAAACAAGCUUCUUUAGCAGCUGAUGUUUCAAUAACUCAAUUUAGCUAUUUAGCAAAAUUAUUACUUUGGCAUGGAAGAAAUAGUUAUAAAUGCUCAGCAAAACUUUCUCAAUUUGUUAUUCACCGAGGUCUUAUAAUAUCAGUUAUGCAAGCAGUAUUUUCUUCUAUUUUUUACUUUGCACCAAUUGCUUUAUAUCAAGGUGUAUUAAUGGUUGGAUACUCUACUAUUUAUACAAUGGCACCAGUUUUUUCAUUAGUAUUAGAUAAAGAUGUGAGUGAAGACAUAACAUUACAAUUUCCAGAAUUGUAUAAAGACUUAACAAAGGUCUAA